UUGUGCUUGCUUUAUUACUGGGGAGGGCUCCAGGAGAGAGGGCAAGGACUAGAUCCUUAGGACUGGUGGGAAAAGGGGACAACUUUAAUGUUUGUUCUUUUUGUUUUGUUUUGUUUUGAGAGAGAGUGGGGGGGGGGAGCAGGAGAAAGGCAGAAAGAGAGGAAGGCACGGAGUCCAAAGUGGGCUCCAGGCUCCGAGCCGUCAGCACAGAGCCCGACGUGGGCCUCAAACCCACAAACCGUGAGAUCAUGACCUGAGCUUAACCGACUGAGCCACCCAGGCACCCCAGAAGGGGACAACUUUAUCUUUUGAAUCUCCCAAUUUACUCUCUCCAACCAGAACUAGUUAGGAUCGAAACGGACAAGACUUAUCCUUCCUCAGAGUCCAGGAGCACCUCAGAAAUAGUGUCUCCAUCUGAGUGCAAUGUUUCUUCCAAAAUCAACUCUUCAGGUUUCCAAUCUCAGGAACAGGCUCUCACGGCUGAGAAUCCAGGCACUGGUUCUUCCCCGACUUCCGUCAGUGGCUCACCAGACACUGUCUGUCCUUCCUUCAACUGUCCCCUUCUCCAGGCUCCCGACCUAGCUCAGGUAAUACCAAAGCGCCAGUCUGGGCCUUCGGGAUCUGACUCUGCCUGCGUUCCCAUCAUCAGCUCCUUCUUUCCCUUAGUUCUAAGCUCCCUGACAACCGGUCCACAGAAGACCUCGAUAAAGAGCAAACGAAUUACUCCUACAAUGAUUCUGUCCCACAGAAAUUCCUGUUGUCGGAUUCUCCAGCCGGAGGAGAACCGCAAAUAUAUAAACAGAAGUCUGCAAAAAUCCCAGGAUCAUGCAACCUAUUUUAUGCACUUGGACCCCAGCAAAAGCAACUGGGGAGAGCUAUCUCAAAGGAGGGAGGGAGGGGGUCCCCCCGCCCCGGAAGGGCGGGAAGGGCUAAUUGGAACAGACGCACCGAUUUCCAGCGAGGAGAAGCCUCCUUUUGACCUGUGCAGUGUGCACCCCAGAAUUCCGACCUACACCGAUGCCUGCCUCCUGCAAGGGCGUCUCGCCCCCUCCCCACCCCAUCCCAUGCUUGAACCCACUCUGGAAGGCACCAGAGAGAGCAGCUCCAGACCCCGGGGGUGGUGUGCUGGUGAUGAAGGAAAGCUGCCAAGCAGACCAAGGUGGGAUUCUCAGGUCAGCUUCCAGGACCACUCCCACCCCUACACUUGCCCUUGGGCAGGGCGCACGCCUGGAGGUGGCUGGCAAGGCCAGAACGCCCCAUAUCUGGGGGGGGGGAGGUUUAGGAGGAGAGUCGGAUUCCCUCACCUCCUCUUCGGCUUCGGGAAGCCCGACCCGAACCCCCAAAAUUCCCAGAGAAGGUGUGGUGGGCUCCCCGGGUCCCCGCCCGUGGCGCCCCGCCCCCUAUUGCGGGGCACGCCGGGAAACGAAGUUCUCGGCCUCGUCGCCGCAACAGGCGGUCCGCAGGCUCAGACUACAGGUCCCAGGAUGCACUGCACUCCGCAGCCCGAGGAGGGCCGUGGUUGCCCUUGGCAACAGAGCGGGUCUCCGGGAGCCGGGACCCGGACGCGCACGGGAGUUGGGGGUAGGGGUGGGGGUGGCGGGGCCGGAGCGCGACCUGAGCGAGGCAAAGACGCGGGCAGAGCGACGGACGGGAGACAGGAGGAGACGGACAGAGCGGCACAGGGUUUUCCAGAGCCAGAGAGGGGGAGAGACGUGGAGGGAGGGGGAGACCCCCAGAGACGAAGAGAGAGGUUCAUAGCCAGAGAGGGUGAGAAAGGUGGGGGGCGCUUGGGGGGGGGGGAGAAGGAGAGAGACAAAUGAACUCAUUCAGAGAGAGACCCCCAGCGACAGAGGGUGGGACUGACAGCCCAAGAGUGGGUCAGAGAGGUUUGCAGAGACAGAGACAAAAGUACUUACAGAGACAGGGACACAGUGGGAGAGCGGGAGAGACAGCAAGGACUGAAGGGGUGGGGGAGACAGAGAUUGACUCCCAAAAGAGAAAGACGCAGAGGGAGGGAGACACAGAGGCCCACAGAAUCACAGAUCGAGUCCCCGAUUGAGAGAGAGAGAGAGAGAGAGAGAGAGAGCCAGAAAGACAUACAGAGUCAGGAAGAGGGAGAGCUUCUGGGAGAGAGAGAAGCAGGAAUUUAGGAGACCUGCAGGGAGAGGCCGAGGGACACUGAUUCACAGUGAGACGGACACCUCUGAGAAAGAGAGAGACCCCGAGACCCAGCGAGGGUCACAGGAUGAGCGACAGGCAUAAAGGAGACGCGCAGCAGAGACAGAGAGACCAAGAACAAGAGAUCGGUCCAGAGGGAGACGUAGACCCAGGCCGGGAGACAGAAAUCAAGGCCUGAGCAGCAGACGAGAAAAAAGGGGGCUCUGAGGCAGAAGGUGGUCCACGAAGUCAAGAGCCACAAGUUCACCGCCCGCUUCUUCAAGCAGCCAACCUUCUGCAGCCACUGCACCGACUUCAUCUG